AUGGCCUCCUACGGGCUUUUAGGCCAGCCAGAAGAAGACGCCCUCCACAAGUCGCGUCUUCUGAACGUCGAAGAAAAGCCAUUCAAGCGCAUCUCCAAACGUCUACUCAACCCAGACUCACUCGUCAUCUCCAAUUCCUCCCUUCCGCUCACUCCUCCCCCCGACGAAUUCGACGCCGACACGGCCACCGGCCCAGAAGCCAAAAGGCAAAAGCGACUGGAGGAAUGGCGCACCUUUCGCGAAGAUGUGACACUCGACUUUGCCGCAUUUGAAGGCAGCAUUGCCCGAAUUCAAUUCCUCCUCAAUAGCAACGAGGCCGAGCGCCAACGAUACGCGACCGAGAAGUUGGCCAUUCUGGAUACGAUGCAGUCGGUCCGCCAGAAUACAACCGAGCUUCGCACUCAACUAGAGGAAGCACAAAGGUUGCUCGCUCUGCGCAAGAGCUACGAUGACCUCGCGGAUAAGAUUACCAGCAACCGCCUGCUGAAGCCGCGGGAGGACCAACAAGCAAAUCUGCAGAAACUGCAAAUGGAGAUUACCGAGUUGGAGAAGGAGAGCAAGGACUAUGCGACGACGUGGGCAGACCGGAGAGAACAGUUCGGUCGGAUUGUGGAGGAAGGAAUGCAGCUCCGUCGCUUGAUUCGUGAUGAAAAGGAAGAAGUCGAGCGACGGGAAGGCAUGCAGGAGGGCGAAGAUGGCGAUGAGGGUGAUGCUACUUCAAAGGGAAAACCCAGCGCUGCCAACAGCCCUCUCCCCGAGGGCGAGAGCAUGACCCCCUCGCAACAUAGCCAGGACGAGAGUAGCCGGUUACAAGUUGAAAAGGCCUCCGGUGCAACGGGAGCCGCUUCUCCACUUCGACAGGCCAUCAGCGCAGAUGGAGACAAAGGUUCGACGGAUCGAGAAGAUACCAAUAUGGUGGACGAGGGCGAGAUCACAGCCGAGGAUGCAGGAGAACAAUCCGAUGAGCUAGAGGAAGGGGAAGAGCUGCCGGACGAGAGAAUGGAUAUCUCGUGA